AACGUCGACUAGUAUCAUUUUGUACGUCUAUUUCAGUGUUGUAUUUGCUGAAUUUACUAUGAACUAUGUUCGAAAUAAGUCUAUUUAAAGUAGUAUGAUUAAUCAAACCGGCAAUUCAGCGAUUCAUUUUCUUAAUUGUUAUUUGGUUUAAAGUUAUUGUGAUUAAAUUCGAUUUUCGAAUUUAUAUUUGAAAAUAAUCAAUUUUUGAAGUGCAAUUUUUUUUUCUUCGCAUUUUUCAAGUGACUGGGUUUAUUUGAUUUGAUAAGCCCAUCGCAAUGCUGCUUUACGACUUAUAUUUUUAUUUAUCAAAUUUACCACGAUGGAAUAUAUUUGCCGUGUUUUCGGUUGGAUAUUUUGUAUAUUAUCUCAUUGAAGUCGUGAAGAGACCUAUUCUGGCUGUGAAUUCGGAAGGACCAUUCAAACAGUUUCUGUUGAACAAUGUUCCCAUGUUGCAGCUUAAAUUUUGGCCGACAUUUUGGUGUGUUGAAAGUCGUGCCCAAACAGUAUUCGCCAGUCUAUUGCGACAACAAGUGUUACCAAGAUUAAAUUAUCGCCGUGAAUUGCUCACAUUGAAAGAUGGUGGUGAGAUUGCAUUAGAUUGGAGUGAUCAUAACUGUUCCGACGAUGCACCUCUGAUAUUAAUUUUACCUGGACUGACGGGUGAAUCACAAUCCGAAUAUAUCAAAUGUUUGGUUACAGCCGCAAACACUAUUGGUGCUAGAAUUGUUGUUUUCAAUAACCGUGGCCUAGGCGGCGUUGCACUUAAGACACCUCGGCUCUAUUGUGCCGCCAAUGUUGAAGAUUUGUCGGAAGUAUUGCAACACUUACGUAAAUCAUAUCCAAAUUCAAAAAUUGGAGCAAUAGGGGUGUCCAUGGGAGGACUGGUGUUGGGAAACUAUUUGUCACGACACAGCGAAGAAGCACGAAAAAUAUUCACCGCCUGUAAAAUCAUAUCUGUGCCGUGGGAUGUACAAAAGGGUACAACCAGCAUUGAAAAACCAUACUUAAAUAGUAUGCUUGGUAAACAUUUGACUCGACGACUUUGUGAUACAUUGAAACGAUAUGAAAUUCUUAAACAAAGUCGCCAUGAUAUUGAUUUCGAUCAAAUUCUCAAAAGUAAAACCAUUAAAGAAUUCGAUAGUAAUUUUACAUCAAAACAUUUCGGCUACAAAGACGUUGAUCAUUACUACAGUAUGGCUACGCUUCAUAAUAAAUUGCACAAAAUUUCCGUUCCAUUGCUUUGCUUGAGUGCUGCAGAUGAUCCAUUUCAACCGCUAGAAGCAAUUCCGAUGACCAUGGCUGCAGAACAAUCAAGUCAUGUGGCAAUCGUUGUCACAGCUCGUGGUGGUCACAUUGGAUUUAUGGAGGGAGUAUGGCCCAAAACUGGCGAUGAAUACAUGGCUCGACUAUUCACACAGUACUUUCAAGCAACGUUAUUCAACAAAGAAUUUGAAGAUGUGACAGCAGAUAUGCUUAAAAUUUACCCAAAAUAUUCAGAACAAGAAGCAGACAAUUAAGUUACUAUAAAAAAUGUACUUGUUUCUUCUUUUUUUCAUUAAUCAAAUAACAAAUGAUCGUAAUGUUAUUUGCAUAAAUUUCUUGCUCCAUAGAAGAACAGAUUUUCAACAAGCUCAUGCACAAAAAAAGUGAAAGUAUUGAAUUUAAAUAGUAACGAGAAAAUAAUGCAAACGAAAUUGUGGUCUCUUGCGAUUCUAUAGUGCAUUAUAAUUUACAAUUUGUGGUACUUUUAUUUAAAUUUUCUAAUUAAAUGUAUAAAUUAACAAUUGAAUUGAUAAUUUGAUCUUGAA